CUGCACUUCCUUCCCCAAAGAGGCUGCAGGAGGUGAGUCUUCCCAUCGUGUCCAACAGGGAUUGUAGGGAGGUCUACGGUGGUAUAGUCACAAACAACACAAUCUGUGCCGGUGUGACCCAGGGAGGACAGGGGACCUGCCAGGGGGAUUCAGGCGGCCCGCUGGUGAAGAAUAACGGCUUUAUCUGGGUUCAGGCUGGAGUUGUGAGUUUUGGAUCAGAUCAAGGUUGUGCCGUGCCUAAUGUCCCACAAGGCUACCGAGUGUCCGAGUAUCAGUCCUGGAUCAACAGCCAGAUCAGCACCAACCAGCCGGGCUUUAUCACCUUCACGGAGAACAGUUCAGCCUCUGGGAGCGGUACAACCUCUGGGAGCGGUACAACCUCUGGGAACGGUUCAACUUCUGGAACCUCUCACCUGGUUUCCCUCUCGGUUCCUCUGCUGCUGUCCAUCUUACUUGUUGACUUCUACUUCUCUGUCCUUUCAUAGAAAGUUUAAUUAUGAUAAUUAAUGAACCAGGAUAGAGUCAACAUCUUUGUCUCUCUGUCUCCUGGUCUCAUAUUUUGAGCCUUUUGAGAUUAAUUUAUUUAAACAAGCAACAAAAUCUGGUAUAUGAAGGCAUUUUUGUAUCUUUUUAAUGCAAGCAAAAAUGUCGAGAGCAUAUUUGUCACUGCAAUCGAAAAUAAAAUUUGUGAUUAAAAACAAA